CCGCAGUGUUGCAAAUAGUUCCGAAUGCCAGAAUUUUCAUUUUCACGAUUCCAUUUCCAAUUAUCGCUGAAUUCCUGAUUCGUCCAAAAGUAUCAAAUGUGUGUUUCCAUCUGAGUGUGAGAAAAACCGUCGGACAUUACGGAAGGUUAAACCCUCACAGAUUUCCCCUUUCUGGUCUCUCCCUGUCACGAAUCCGCCCGCUUUAACCCCACAAGAUGUCGGGCUCCGCUCACAAACACCGCUACAAAAACGCGGCGCUGGACAGCGUCGAGUUGCGACGGCGGCGAGAGGAAGAAGGCCUCCAGUUAAGGAAACAGAAACGGGAACAGCAGCUGAACAAGCGGCGGAAUGUUAACGUCAACCAAUUGGCCGAGGACAAUGACCAUCUGCAAGUGGACAGCGAGAUCCUCUCGCCUGUCUCGCCCAUGAUCACCCCCGAAAUGGUCCAGGCGUUGUACAGCCCCGACGUGGAGCAGCAAAUCAGCGCCACGCAAAAAUUCAGACAACUGCUGAGCUACGAACCCAACCCACCCAUUGAUGAGGUGGUCCAGACCGGGAUCAUCCCACGAUUUGUAGAGUUUUUGCAGAAUUCAAACAAUUGUAGCCUUCAGUUUGAAGCAGCAUGGGCUUUGACCAACGUUGCCUCUGGUACCUCUCAGCAAACCAGGAUGGUCAUUGAAGCUGGUGCUGUUCCUAUUUUUAUACGUUUGUUGAGCAGUCAAUAUGAGGAUGUUCAGGAGCAAGCUGUUUGGGCAUUAGGGAAUAUAGCAGGGGAUUCACCCGAAUGUAGAGAUCACGUCCUGGAUUCGGGUAUUUUGGUUCCACUCUUACAACUCCUUAGUAAAUCGACGCGUUUAUCGAUGACUCGCAAUGCCGUGUGGGCGCUUUCGAACCUCUGCAGGGGCAAGAACCCUCCUCCAGACUUUGCGAAAGUCUCCCCAGCUCUGCCCGUACUCGCUCGUCUCUUGUUUCACUCCGACCCUGACGUGCUCUCUGACACUUGCUGGGCCUUGAGCUACCUAUCCGACGGUCCUAACGAAAAAAUCCAGGCGGUCAUAGACGCCGGCGUUUGUCGGAAACUGGUCGAAUUGCUAAUGCACCAACAGCCCAACGUAGUCUCGGCAGCUCUGCGCGCUGUCGGCAACAUAGUGACUGGUGACGACGUCCAAACUCAGGUCAUACUAAACUGCUCCGCUCUACAUUGCUUGCACCACUUGUUGUCAUCCUCGAAGGAGUCCGUGAGGAAGGAGGCGUGUUGGACGAUCAGCAACAUCACGGCUGGAAACCGGCAGCAAAUCCAGGCGGUCAUAGACGCGAACAUUUUCCCGGUUUUGAUAGAGAUUUUGAGCAAGGCGGAGUUUAAGACGCGGAAGGAGGCGGCCUGGGCUAUCACGAAUGCCACCAGCGGGGGCACACCCGACCAGAUCAGGUAUCUAGUGAACCAGGCUUGCAUUGGGCCGCUUUGUGACCUUUUGACCGUCAUGGACGCGAAAAUCGUGCAAGUGGCCCUCAACGGCCUGGAGAAUAUUCUGAGAUUAGGGGAGCAAGACGCCAAGAAUCACUCGGGGACCAACCCGUAUGCUGUGCUAAUCGAGCAGUGCUAUGGGUUGGAUAAAAUCGAAUUUUUGCAAUCGCAUGUCAAUAUGGAGAUUUAUCAGAAGGCCUUCGACAUUAUUGAACACUUCUUCGGGACGGAGGAGGAGGACACGACUGUGGCGCCCUCGGUGAAUCCCGACCAACAGCAGUACCAUUUCAGCUCGGAUCAGUCGGUGCCGAUGGGAGGAUUCCAUUUUUAAAUCGAGUUUUAGAUUAUUUUAAGGACUUGGUCACGCCAAAGGAUAACCUUCACGAUAUCCGGUAUUUAGUUUGAAUCAAGUGAUAGUGUUACUUCAUUGUAACAGAAUUUUAUGCAUGUAUGGCGGAAAUACAAAGUCGACAGCAAAAAUUAUUCUUUUCGGAGAUAAGUGUCUUGAUUCUCGAAAUUCGGUUUUGUAAAAUUGCUUCGAUUUUUCAGAAAUGAUUGUUGUGUAAGUGAGCUUAACAUACGCUAUUUAUUUUAUACAGAGGCCAGCUUUUGUCUUCACUGAUCUAGGUUUUGUAACAGCUAUGUACAUAUUUUACGUAAAGUGUGAAACAUACAUGUAUAAAUAUUCCUAACAGCAUAUUUGUUUAUAGUUUUUAUUGUAAAAUAAACUAACAUUUAAGUAA